UCGCAUUUGGUAACACUGAGUUCACAACAGUAACAGCACUACAGCAGUGCAGGUUAUUGUAUUUAGGUUAAAAGUUGUUCCUGUUAUUGUUGUUGUGUUGUGAAGUUGAUGCCCGGAAGAAAUAAAAAAAGAUUUAGUGGUCUAUUUGUACAGCAACUGAUACACCAAAAUGUCAACUGUAGAGGAACCAAUUGAAUCAAAGGAUUUAGGCUAUGAGCAAAGAAUAAUCAGCCUUAUACAAGGGGCAGGGUCCAAGGGAGUCAGUGAUGGAGACAUACAGAAGGAGUUGCCCGUGUUGACGGCAGAACAGAGGGUUUCCAUAGUCAACAAGCUGAUUGCACAGGGGCUGCUGGAUUUGUUCAAUUCAAGCAGUGGACUGGUCUAUAAGAUAAAAGCAGCGAGCAGCACAUCCUCUGAGAAACUGAAAGGAGCAGACAAUGAGGAGCGGGUAGUGUAUAACAUCAUCGAGGAGGCAGGAAGCAAGGGUAUUUGGAUACGUGACAUUCGCUUCAAGAGCAACCUUAUAAUGACCACUCUCGGCAAGAUACUCAAGCAACUUGAAGGCAAGAAGAUGAUCAAAGCUGUCAAGUCUGUAGCUGCCAGCAAGAAGAAGGUCUACAUGUUGUACAACCUAGAGCCUGAUCGCUCACUGACUGGAGGGGCGUGGUACUGCGACCAGGACUUUGAAGCAGAAUUUGUAGACGUCCUGAACCAGCAGUGCUACCGGUAUCUGCAGCAGCGCAAGGAGAAGACAAUCCCAGUGGCGGCCAAGAGUGGACCUCUUGUUGCUCAGACCAUGGCUUAUGCCACCAGCAAGGAUGUUUGGAAGUUUAUCACAGAACUGGGCAUCAGCAAGGUACAACUAUCAGAAGAUGAUAUCCGGACAAUACUGGACACACUGUUGUACGAUGGGAAGGUGGAGAGGAUACUGAAUGUAACUGGGGAGUAUCUCUACCAGGCCAUGGAGUCAUAUCUCCCACCUCCGGGAAUAGUUCGAAUGCCAUGUGGAAUAUGUCCGGUAAUGCGGAACUGCAGUGAAAUAGGUGCUGUGAACCCAACUAAAUGUACUUAUCUUAGUGAAUGGCUAUCAUAGCCUAGAUUGUUAUUUAUUACAAAGUUUGUUGUUUAUAUUAUUUUUUACUUUUGUUAUUUUGUAAAUAAAAGUAUACAUAAA